UGGUGUGGAACGAUGAGGUAUAGCUUUGUGCUUUUGUUGUGUUCUGCUUUAAGCUGUGAUGGAUACGUCCAUUCCUGGUCACGCAGCACACCCAGUUUAGCAUACAGAACGAAAGAGAAGGAGAUCGUAAUAAGAACAGUAGUCCAUGUCGACACAGCAGCAGCCAAGAAGAUGGUAGCGCAGUACAGAACGCAAUCCAGAAGGAAGAUAAAGAAUGCCAUAGCUGGAGUUCUAGAAAAUGCUAGAUCACUUCUGUCACAUUCUAGUCUCAACCAGACAUUUAAGUUUAGAGUUUUAGGAAUUAAGUUUAUGAGGAAGAACAAUAUGAUGUCAGAAGAUGCUACUAAGUAUCUAGCGAGCUACUGUGACUGGCAGAGUAAGCGGAAGAAGCAGAUGUAUUACUCUAUCCUCUUGACCGGUCUAGAUGUUUAUUAUUUGAAUAGAGCAGGAGAGAAGAAUAGAAGAAGUACAGGUCGUGGCUACCAAUCCGGCAUGUGCAGCAUGAACAAAAGCUGUACCCUGCUAGAGUGGGACAGAAAGACUAUCGCUUUCCUGUUAGCACAUGAAAUGGCACACAGCUUAGGCGUGAGCCACGAUGGAGUGCGGAACCGAUGUAUUGACCAGAAGCACAUCAUGGCGACCAAGUAUGACCAGAACCGACCGCCGAGGACGUGGUCGACAUGCAGCAGGCAGUAUAUACAGCAGUAUUUACAGAGCAGAAAAUCUUGGUGCAUUAAAUGA